AAUAACAAAACGCCAACUACAAGUCCAAGAAACCUAACAGCACCCGCCAGCAGAACUUUGGGAAUCGUGUGUUUGAUGAUCGAUCGUCCAUCCAUCCUUGGCCCCUCUGCUGUAGUUCGUCGACCAUGGGUUCCAAUGGAGGAGGAGGCCGCGGCCAGGGCCAGGGCCAGGAUUCGGAGACGAUGAGCUUGGAAAAGAUCAAACGCCAAUUGGCUUCCAGCUCCGGCAGAAAUCUCUUGCAGGGUCCUCUUCUCAAGCGAUCCGAAACACUGAGGAAAUGGAAUGAGAGGUGGGUAAUCUUAGAUCCAACAACAGGGAAAAUGGAAUACAAGAUUAGGAGAAAUGAGCCAACUAUCAAGGGAUCCAUCAUAUUUAAUGCAAAUAGCACUAUAACGAUAUCUCCUGUGAACUUCCAUGGGCUACCUAAGUAUGAUGGGUGCUGUUUCUAUAUUGGGACACCACAGAGGAAGGAUUAUUUCCUUUGCGCCGAAACUCCUGGUGCAGCAAGAGCUUGGGUGUCAACUUUGCAUGCAACACAGUUGGUUCUGAAGGCACAUAAAGAGGCUGUCAAUUCUUUGAGUGGGAACGGUUCUGCAGAACUAGGAUCAGUCGCAACUGUAGUUGCUGCUGCUAAUUCAACAGCCCUGGAAGCUUCCAAAGAAAUUGAGGCAGCAAUGCAGAUUGCCAUGAAGAAUGCUUUAGGAGCAAUGAUGAAUAGACCAACUGAUGGUCCAAUAAAUGAUCUCACAAUCAUGAUGGAGACAUUGAGAGUCAAGGAUGAAGAGCUGCAAAAUUUGGCUAGGGAUAUCCGCACUAGGGAUUCAACCAUAAAAGAGAUUGCAGAAAAACUAUCUUCAACUGCUGAGGCUGCUGAGGCUGCUGCAUCUGCUGCUUAUACAAUGGAUGAACAAAGGAGAAUUGCUUGUGCUGAGAUUGAGCGCUUAAUGAGGGACUCACAAAAGCAGUUAGAAUCUUAUACACUGAAGCUAAGAGAGUCUGAAGAAAAGGUGGCAAUUCUAAGUAAGGAAAGAGAUCAACUAAUUAAGCAGAGAGAGACUGCUAUUCAGGAAGCACAUUUGUGGCGUUCUGAGCUUGCAAAAGGUAGAGAGCAAGUUGUGAUAUUGGAAGGAGCUGUUGUUAGGUCUGAGGAAAAAGUCAGGGUUGCAGAGGCAGAUGCUGAAGCUAGAAUAAAGGAAGCGGAACAAAAAGAAGCACGUGCUUUAAAGGAGAAACAAGAGCUUCUCGCAUAUGUGAAUGCAUUACAAACACAACUUCAAAGACAGAAGGCUGAUACAAAGCAAGUUUUUGAGGAGAAGACGGAAUCCAGUUCAGACAAUGCUAAUGCCCCACCAUUGACAAAGCAUGUGAAUCCGUCUGAGGAUGUGGAUAAAGCAUGUCUGAGUGUUUCUAGAGCAAUUCCAGUCUCCGGGGAGAGUGUAGUCCACUUAUCAGUGGAUCAAGCCAAUAUCAGCUCCACCGGAGAUGGUGAGUGGAGCGACAUUCAAGCAACAGAAGCAGGGAUAGCUGAUGUCAGAGAAGUUGCUCCACAGACUGAAGGGAGAAGCUUGGACAUAGCUGUGGUUGGCCAACCAGUUAACAAUCACCAUGAGCAAGCAGUGCACUCCUCCCAUCAGCCUUAAUAUUUCACCUCCUCCUAUACCCAGAAGGCAGACAUCUUCAUAUGAUAUGGCUAGUGAGGAGGCACCAUUGGAGUCACUAAGAAAUUGUGAGCUUUCUAGGUGCACCUUUUGAGUUCCUUGUCCGGUACUUGAUUCAUGAUUAGGCUAUAUAAUCAAUGUUGUGAUGUUUUAUUUUUAUUUUAUUUUUUUUAGGUGGGGGGGUCCCUUCUUUAUUGUCCAAGGGAAAUAUGAAAUUUCUGAAAUUUGUUGGGAUAAUUCAGAUUGUACAGUUCAACUCAGCUACGUGGAAAAGGCAUGACUGAUUCAUAAUUUUGAUUAUUUGUAGCAAGUUAACUGGAAAAUUUUAUAAUCAAUCAAGGUUAUAAGGAACACAUUUCUUAUCAAUCACA